GGGACAAUGCCGGACUGUGAUUGGUGAAAGAGGCUGUCAGUCAGCGGCCGGUUUCCGUUGUGACUUUGAGCGGUUUAUUGUUGUGGGGCCCGGGUCCAGGGCAGCACGGCGGCGGGGAGAGUGAGAGUGAGCAAGCGAGGCUGGGCCGCGCUGGGCUCCGAGCGCACGGCCUGACAUCGCCAUCCCAAGAUGAGCAUGCACGGCAAGAGGAAGGAGAUUUAUAAGUACGAGGCGCCAUGGACCGUGUACGCCAUGAACUGGAGCGUGCGGCCCGACAAGCGGUUUCGCCUGGCGCUCGGCUCCUUCGUCGAGGAGUACAACAACAAGGUGCAGAUCGUGGGCCUGGACGAGGAGAGCUCCGAGUUCAUCGCCCGCAACACCUUCGACCAUCCGUACCCCACCACCAAGAUCAUGUGGAUCCCCGACACCAAGGGCGUCUACCCCGACCUGCUCGCCACCUCUGGAGACUAUCUACGGGUCUGGAGGGUACUUCCAGCAUAGACACCACUUGUACAAUUUGGGGUCUGGAGACAGGACAGGUCCUCGGCCGAGUCAAUCUGGUCUCUGGUCAUGUGAAAACGCAACUUAUUGCUCAUGAUAAAGAGGUUUAUGACAUUGCAUUCAGCAGGGCAGGAGGUGGUAGAGAUAUGUUUGCCUCUGUGGGUGCAGAUGGUUCAGUGCGGAUGUUUGAUCUUCGACACUUGGAGCACAGCACUAUCAUCUAUGAAGAUCCCCAACACCAUCCAUUGCUUCGCUUGUGUUGGAAUAAGCAAGAUCCCAAUUACCUAGCUACUAUGGCAAUGGAUGGAAUGGAGGUGGUUAUUCUCGACGUUCGUGUGCCCUGCACUCCUGUGGCCCGGCUGAACAAUCACCGAGCAUGUGUGAAUGGCAUUGCUUGGGCUCCACAUUCUUCAUGUCACAUCUGCACUGCAGCGGAUGAUCAUCAGGCACUUAUUUGGGACAUCCAGCAAAUGCCACGUGCCAUUGAAGACCCCAUUUUGGCCUACACAGCAGAAGGAGAAAUCAACAAUGUUCAAUGGGCAUCAACCCAGCCUGACUGGAUAGCCAUUUGCUAUAAUAACUGUCUUGAGAUCUUACGGGUGUAGUCCUGUUGAUCCACACGAGUCAAGGGAGGGAGAUGGGGGCUAUUGUAUGUAUGUGCAGUGUGAAUGAGAUAAAGUUAAGGAUGUUUGUGCAGAUUCUCAGUGUUGUGUUAUUGUAUACAGAGUGCAAUUGGCCCAUUAUGGGUCCAAAGUAACUUUUUUUGGGAUUCCUGAUUCGUUUCUCCUCCCUUACCACCCCCACCCCCACCCCCACCCCGCAAAAAAAAACACAACAUCCUUUAAAAAUACUGCUUAAACCACUUGGUAAUGAAGCUUUUAUUCAAUCGACAAACCCUUUUUCUCAAAGACCAUCUUGUAGCAAUCUUUUUUAAAAUAUCACUAAGUACACAAUUUACAAUUGGGCUAAUAGCAACUGGGAUCAGUCCAGUUUCAGAAGAAUUCUGUUUUCUGAUCCACUGCAAUCAGGGGAGUUACUGAACUCCAGUGUGGUACGUUGUGUCCCUGCAACUGUGAGCUGCCCUUUGUGCUAGGUGUGACAGCAGUUUUUUUCUUUUUUGUGAGGUAAGAACUUGUCCUUUCAGAAAUUAAUAUUGAGAAAUACUUUGGCUUCCUGAAGUAUCUAGAAGAUCUUGUGAUGAGAAUGCUGAGUGAUGCAGUCAGCAGUGAUCAGUGCUUUUUGAGUAUGCACUUCAGUUGACAGUUUGUAACCCUGAUUCUGCCCCAGCAUCAGAAAUGCCCAUCUCCAUUCAUCUGCCUUCAUGAGCAUUCUGAAUACGCCUGGCCAACAUUAACAACUGAACGCUACUGACAGCACUUGUGGGAGCAACAUGUGAAACCUGCGGAAUGCUGUUAUUUUUUGUUCAGUUAUGUGUUUUUCUAGGUAAGGCCCCCAGUGCACCUCUGUCUCUUGGUAAUGUAAAUGAGAUGCUAUUCCUGACUUCAGGAAACUGGGAACAUUACAAAGUGAUGGAAUGCGGCUGUAGUUUGGGCAUAGUGCAGUGGUUGUUGCUGGCACUGACUGCUGUUGAGAAUCACCAUUUUACUUUGACUGUGAACUGGCAAAUGUCCUCAACCUGUAGCUUACAUAUUGCUGGUGUGUUCCCCACAUCCAGCCACCUAGUUCUUCCUUCGGCAUGUUUAUAAAAUCACAAAGUGACUUUGGACAGACUGCCUGCAGUUGCUAUGGACCUCUUGUGGCUAUCAGCUUCUAACUUGUACCUUGAUAUAAGCAUUGAAUUUGGAGUAUGUGUUUCCAGUAAAAUUGGAUUAUUGAGUGCUAUUUUUUACUGUUUGUACAAUACAUGCAGCUGUGCUGAAGUGGGAGCUCAUGACUUGAGAGCCAUGCUUUUCCGCACUAGUUGUAUUACACACUAUUUGCAGGCUGGGUCUGGGGGAAUAGUACAAUUUAUUUGGUCUUGACUGCAUUUUUAUCAGCUGAAGCAGCCAAUUAAACAUUGGCAAAAACCACUUCAUGUUAUGACGUGUUACUUCUUGAGGUAAUUGAAACUCAGUAGUGCUUUACAGCAUUCUCUUUGUCAUUCACUAUACAUGCCCAUUCUGCUACUGCCCACCCACACCCUAUCUAUGAAGCAGUGUUUAACAAACAUUGAAUAAUGUUAUUUAAGAGAAUGGACAGAAGAGCAUGCUGUGAUGAGGUACAGUUGAAUUGCAAUAAAAAUAACAAUCCUGCAUAAUGCAGCUCCAAUUCUGCACCAAUGAUUUUCUUGGGUUCUGAUUGUUUGCUUUAUUUGUCUGGUCCCUUGGCUCUCAAUUCCAGGCUUCUUGAUCUCUGUUAAAGGCGAUACAAACCCAGCCUGCUUUCUCAUUUUUUUGAUGGAGGGGAGAGGGUAAUGUGUUUGGUCUUUGCCUUAUGAUCAAUGUGGAUUUAGUGAUCUGAUUUGAGUGUGGAGUUGUAGAGAUAGGGAUGUAUGUGUUUUGACAUUUACAGAAUCACUAGAGUUCUUUCAAACUGCUUUAGAUGUUAAAGCAAGAGUACGGAUGAGGGGAGUACCUUGCAGUUCCAGUUAGUACUUGCUGGGGGUUUCACAGACCAACUUGGUUGGGAAGAAUGUUUAACAUUUGGGUAUCUCAGCAAGUGAGGGGAGAAAAGGUUAUUUCUUGCUGCGUAAAAUUGAGUGAAACCCUCUCCCUAUAGAUUUCCUUUUCCCUUUAAUGGAAAUGCAUCUGUAUUCAGUCAGCCUCUUCUCUUGGUCAGACUGUAGACAGCUGCACUCCUGCAGAGAUGCUAGAUCAUGCAGAACAUUUAUUAAUGCCCCCACAACCCACCACCUUUAUAUAUUGAACUGUGACUUGAUACAGCGAAACAAUUUGGGAGGAUUUUUAGAGGGAGGGGAUAUUGUGCAAUCAGUGGGAAGAAUGGAUGCAUGCUCUAGAUGGGAAAUGAACCACCAGUUUCUAAUCCAGAGCACUUAAAGCAGGUUUGAAGUGGCUGUAAUUUGAGGUUGAGUUCUUGCAGUGGGUGCAUGAUGUUAGUUUCUUAUGACCUGGCUGUGCAAUGAGUUGUGCAGUUCACUGUAGUUGGAAUAUUGGAGUUAAAUUUAUAAUUGUAGAUUCAGGAUUUUUGAACUGUUACUGGGUACCAGUGGUUACAAGUAUCACUACAGCACUGAGCUACAGUACUGGUUAUACAGUCUGUCACUAAGAGGGUCUUUCAUUGCACAUUGGGUAGAGUGCUAGUGGAUUUAUGUGUCACUGGUGAGGGGAGCAAACUGAAUUAAUAAAUAGUAAUAUUGCAAAGUUGAUUUGCACAUUGGAGUCUUUAAAUAUUAUGUAAUAAUAAUUUAUAAAUUCCUCCCAGUGAUGAUACUUGAGACUUAUUGGAUGAGUUGCUGGUAAACUAAUGAGUAGAUGUGGUGUCUUUAUUUUCCAGUUCUUUGGCUGUCAAAAUGUUUAAAUGUCAAUGUUGGUGCCCUCUUGAUCCCAACUGACUGACUGGGAGUACCUGCUAUACAGCCCCUCCCCGACCACUAUUAUUUGAGUUUUUCGAACAUCUGGUAACUUUUUUUUUGUAACUAACUGCCUGACUCAUUUCUAAUUACUACAGCAAUUGUUUGUAGCCACUGGUGGUCAGGGUGGCCAAAUUGGAAAAAUUGAGUUGAGAGGGUUAGUUGUAAAGAUCCUGGGUGUUUGCAUGUCUGAUUCUAUUAGCUUCAAACUGUAGAACGGUCAGGUUUUCAAUUUAAUUGGCGCAAUGGAAUUCUCGCAUUUUGUUAAAGUGACCAAACAGUGUGAUCUAUUGCCACCCACUGGUAAAUGGGCUGUAAUGUAAAUCCAUUUCUGCUUAAAAAUACAUGGUUUGCAUUGAAACCCAGGCUCCUCACUAUGUUGUAGAAGUGAAUAAUAUAGGUGAAAUGAUGACAUAAAAUCAGGUCCAAGCCCCAACACGUGCUGAAAUAACCCCAAUCAAUUUGGCACAUUAUUUGAGGAAUAUUGUGCUCAAUCUUUUGGCUUGUUGAUGUGUUCCCCUUCCUGUCCAGUUUUGAGCUGGUUUCUCCAUUUUUGAGUGUGGGAUAAUUGUUCACUACGUGAAAACCUGAGAAAAUAAUGUCUGUUUAAAUGGUUUUGUAUGUGCGAGAUUCUGUUUGACUAAUGUAACCUUUUUUAAUUUGUUGGCUUUUAGUAAAAAGGUGCCCAGUUUGCUUGCUAGGCUACGAUACUGCUUGGUGACUCUUGUCCUUUGAGCUGUUGUACAUGCUCAAAGUGCCACAUCUUCAGUAAUGAGUCUUUCCACUGUAAAUGUAGUGUACCUCUUUACCUGUCUGAUUCUGCUGUACAAAAAUGAAAAUGGUAAUUUUACACUAGUCUCUUUUCUACAGCAUAUGCUGCAAACUUCUGUUUGUGGUCCAAGAAAAGCUGACAACACUGAUACUCUUUUUUUAAAAAGAUCAUGGUGGGAAAAAGAUCCAAGAUUUUCUCGUGAUAUGAUAAAAUCAUCACGGCAAGACAGAAUGCUGUAUGCCAGAUUCACUGAUCUCUGUCAAAUACAGUUAUUGGCUUAGAGUCCCCUUAUGCUGAAGAAUUUCUGGUUGUGGCACUGAUUAUGGUUUACUCUGGGUUCACAUUAGGAAUUGGAAAUUAGUUAAGAAAUUGGUUAGAAAGCAGAUUUUGUACCUGAACUCAUUUCCCAUAUUUGGAAGUUCUCUAAAUUGGACUGUAUACCAUCACUACUCAAUUUAUAACUAGCUCAUUCAUUCACCUAAUACAGCCACGUGGUGCCAUUUCUUGCACUGUAUGCCCAAUUAGCACAUACACUGGACAGCAUUUUUGUCAACUGGUUUAUAUUUCUCUGUCUCUAGUACUGAAGUUCUUCACAAAUGUUCUAGAAUAACAUUAGCUUAGAUAUGGAUGGUUCACUUCAUCACAAUCAAUAUCAACACAAGGAUGUCAUAUAGCUUAAAUAGUGUAAAACACUCUUUUAUAUAAUUAUAGAUUCUGACAGUGGUAACUUUGUCAUGAGCGAUGUAUGACGUGGGCUACAAUGCAAAUGGUUACUUUGUUGAUAGCAAAAGGAAUGGAAAUGAUAAAUUGUGUAUGUUUAUUAAUAUUGUCGUUCCUCAGUAUUUUAAGUAAAUUUGAGAUAAUACGUUAUAGAAGGUGGCAGCUCUGUAGCUGAUCUAGAUUGAGAUGUGGGAUCAUAGUAAUUGUAUCAAAGCUUCAUCACCCCCUUUCCCAACCCCCACUUACAAGCUGUCCCUAGUAACUCCCCCCUCCCCCACAAGAGCAAGAAUUAACCUUUGCUGUGGUUUGCCACAAGUUGCCCUCAGCUAGUUUAUGGCACAUGGGUUUCUUAUGGAGUUUGUUUCCACACACAGCUUGGAGUUUUCACAAAGAUUUAUUUAAGUAAUACAAGGUUAGUUUGCUGUUGAGUGUGUUCCUUUCUGCAUGGCUCAACUUACUUUAAACUUCUGGUGACAUUCAAAGAAGUUCAUUUUAAAAAAAUAUUACUGUAAACUCUGAACAAGUGGGCUCCAGAGCAUCAGUGAGCCCUUGUAUUUUAUAACUGACUGCUGUUGGAUAUGAGGUUUUAAUUUCUGGGGUUUGUUUAUUCUACAGCUACUCCAUACAUCGCUGGUUCAUUGCUCGGUCCCUACCUUGAUGUAUGAGGUGCUAACGUGAAGCAUUGCAGACUGGAUACAGUCACUGCCACAGUACUUGUUUUAGGGCCCAUGUUUCCAAAGCCUGUUGCUGUGUAUUAAGUCAUUAAUUUGUACAGUAUGUUUUAAAUGCUGGUUAAGUAUCUGCUAUGUGUUCCUGGUAUUUGGAAGGAGGGACAUGUGGUCUGAUUCUGGUCCCUGUACAUUACACUGCAUACCUGAUUCUUACGGGAGCAGCAUGUGAUUCACCAUUGUGUUUACAUUUUGCGUUGUCACUAUGACAACAUCAGUGUAAUGGAUUUUAGUGAAGUCUAACAGGGGCAGCUGAGAGUUUUGGGAUGUGAUGCUGCAAAUAUAGUUUCUUCACUCGGAUUCAACAAAGGCCAGUUGUGCUUACAUUAUUAUUAGUCCCUGCUGACCUGGGCUGUAUUGGGAGUGCGGGUAUUUGCAACUGGACAUAGGAUUAAUUGGUGCUGGAGACAGUUCUAGGGAAUGAAUCAAACGAAGAUUGUAUGAUAUUGGAAUGUGAGAUUUCUUGGUGUUUUUAUUACUCCAUUGUGUAAUGCUCCAAAGUGCUUAAAGAUUUUUUUGGGAGAAUACUUCUACUUCUACUUUGGUCUAAUUUGACUGGAGUCGGCACCUACAGGGAAGGUUUGUAAUGUUGACAAGUGGAAGAAUGAAUUCAAUCUGUUGUUUUCCCAUAUGGAGGCAGAGUACAGUCUUUGUUUUUUGUACGUAGCGCAAACUUCCCUCCGAUAUCUCAUCCAGGAGAUCAUCACUUGGGUCCGUAUGGGAUGUGUCAGCAGGCUGUUUGGCCAAAGGCACUGUAGCUGAGGUUUAUCCCAUCCUUGCACUUUCCUGGGAGCAGGGUGCUCAAUUAUUGAUCAGCAAUAGAAAUUUGACCCAAAUCCACCACUCCCCACCCUAUUUGAACUGAACUUAAUUGAAGCACUUGCUGUGCUGACUGAGAUCAGUAAUUUGUAGAAACUACACACUGAGCUUGGCUCAGGCUUAUGUCUCUGACAUGUAACAGGUUCUUUAUCCACUGGAAGAGGCAAGUGUGUUGAUGUAAUUUAACCCUUGCUUGUUUGCUGCAGGCAUCACACUUGGCCAUUAACCAAUUGCUGCCCUAGAUGACUCUGUAUUAAAUGUGUGCUCACUCCAGAAAUUCACUGUUAAACAUUAAGCACACUGGUUUCGCUCUGACAGGCCCCAUCUUUGGUGCGCAGUGGUUGUAGUUUUAGGCAAUAUGUGUCAGUGAAUGCUGAUAGCCUCUGUGCUUAACAACCCGCUUCUGAAUUCUGUGGCUUAAAGGUAAUGUCUUAGCUGCUGUCCGCUGAUCUUUGUUAUUCUUUGUUCCAUCAGAUUCCAGACUUGAUCGUGUAGCACAACCUGAGUUUGUUUACUUCAGUUGACAGUAUUUCUAGAUGUAUGUGCCAGUGAGGUGUGUAUAGUAUUAGUUCAUGCUGCUUAGAAAGUGCAAAGCACAGAUUCUGGUUUGGAAAGAGAGAUUCAGUCAUUAAAGGCUGCCAGACAUUUUUGUGUUCAGUCUGAUUGAAGUAGAUUGGGGUGGAAAGUGGAGUGUAUGGUCGUAAAUUUCAAAAGGGUUAAGCAUCUGGUAUGGUUCCCCUAAACACAACAGCCCCUUUCUUGAACACAGAAUCUGCAGCAUUUUAUUUGUAACCUAGCAGUCACUGGUCCUCAACUAAACAGCCCACUACAAACCAGAUUGUCGAGUUCCCCGUUACAAGGGACCGUCACUUUAUUCACUUAAUUAAAGCUUUUUUUUGCUGAAGCUGUUAAUGUAAAAUCCCAUCUUGCACGUUGCUUCCCCCUCGUUUUUUUAAAUUAUUCCGGUCCAUGCAAUAUCUCUGAUAUUUUAGUCUUCUGAAGGUUUGUUGUAGUGUAACUAAGUGCCCAUCCCCCUCCUCCAUUUUAAACCUCUUGCCUGGCAGCUUGGUUUUGAGAGUAGCUGCCAUGUUUUUUUUUUGAAUAGUUAGUUCAGAUGCUGUACGUCAGACUGAAGCAGGAAUCUUUUUAAAUUCCUCCCGUUUUGAUUUUUUUUUAAAGAACACAAUGCAUCUUUGGAAUUACACGAGCUGAACGUGUUCAUGCGGCAUUGUUUUCUCGGCUAUUUACCGAGGAGUUUGUCCUAGCACUUUCGGCUGGUGCCCCGAGGUGUAAUUGCAAGGCCAUUGCAUUUAAUGUUGGAAGGAGAAACCAUCUUAUGUUGAAGAAACGAUUUGUCAUUAAUUUAAAGUCUUCAAAUUUUUGAAUGUCCAUUUACCCUGUAAAUGGCACUUUUAAUAUUUAUAUUGUGCGAUUUUUGUCCGGUUUCUGUUCAUUAAUGAAUGCAUAGCUGAAUGCUUUCUUAGAACUGUAGAAUGUUUGUUUUUGUUUACAAUGGAAUAUAUAAUAUGUUAACUUUUUCUUAAUAAAAUUAUUGAAGCGUG